GUCAAUCUCUCCUCAUCGUCCUUUCCAUCGUCAUCGUCGUCUCCUUACCCCUUCUCGCCGUCAACGGCAGUCACCGACAUACAUGCGUUCCCACCUCCUCGACACUCUCCCAGCAGAAGAACGUCAAAUCAUAUCACACGCUCUCAUAUCCCUAGGCAUAACACCGCAGUCACGAGAGUCACUUGACGAAUGGGCCCGUGGUUCUCUCUCUCCUCGUUCUCGCUUCACGGACUGGCUCGCUGAGGCAAUCAAGUCCGCCGCUGUUACAGAGGUCGACGAGCCCUCAGGUGUCCGUGCACUCCUCAAGAGCUACUAUGACGUCCUUCGGGCUGGCGAGAUGUCCGAUGCUGGCGGCGUGCGAGCAGCCGACGUCGUUGCUGACAUCCCUCUCACCACGUCUCCCCCUGUCACACCGAUACCCCCGGGUUCAGAUGCACUCCUCGUCCUACUCCCUCUUCUCAUUGUUCUCUCUACCCUCCUAUUCCUUCUCCUUAUCUUCCUCAUCUUCGUCAUCCUACUACGCAAGCGACGCGGAAUCAUCCUACGGGAUCAUGACGGUCCCCUAGACCUCAGCCGCGAGGAUAUUAUAGAAGGCGAGGGUGGAUUGGAGGGAGUAGAGCAGCGGUGGCUGGACACCGUGUCGGAGGAGGUUAGACGGGAUUACCGCAGAGCGAAAGAAUGGCAACAGUAUAAUCCUCCCAAUUCACUACCGACAGACAUCACUCUCUCCCAGUUUCUGUCCAUCCAAGAAAAAGGCGUCUCUGCAUGGAGUUUCGAACCGGACUAUCUCUCCGCAUCUGUCCUCAUUCAGUCACGUACCGAGCUCACCUUCCUUUCUUCCACCGAUGCCGCCACCUCCGUUCAGUCCAACCUUCCCCUCCCAAAACUCAAUGAAGUAUACUAUUGGGAAGUCAAGAUGUUCGACAAGCCAGAAACGACGUCUGUCUCCGUCGGGCUAGCAACCAAGCCCUACCCUUCCUUCCGUAUGCCGGGGUGGGCAAAGCAUUCGAUUGCAUAUCACUCGGAUGGCUCCAAGUCCUACAAUUAUCCAUUCCUCACCAGUUCCUAUGGCCCACACCUGCUCGAAGGCGACACACUGGGUGUUGGUUUCCGCCCACGCACCGGCACGGUCUUCUUCACCCGUAACGGGAAGAAGUUGGAGGAUGCAUUUAUUGGUCUUACACGGCACAACCUGUUCCCGACUAUUGGUGCGGAUGGGCCAUGUACGGUACAUGUCAACCUCGGGCAAGCUGGAUUUGUAUACAUCGAAGCGAACGUGAAGAAGUGGGGACUCGCGCCUGGCGUUGGCACGCUUGCUCCUCCUCCGGCAUAUGGCAGUGAGAGAGGCAGCAUCCUACUCGAGUCGGGUGGCGCGACUCCCUCCAGCCCACCCGCUCUGAUAUCGGCACACAUUGAACUGCCGCGCCCACGGCGGACACAUCGUACGCGUCGUACAGCCAAACCACACUCCAUCUCCUCUCUUCCCGUCGCGCCUUCCCCACUCAGAACGUCCAUUUCUUCGUCUGCCCCUGCACAGGGAAUUUCACCCCUCCGCCGACCUCCUCCUCCAGUUAGAGAUGACUCAGACCAUGAGCGGGAGGAUCGAGAUGCCUAUCUUUCCCCGACAGACGUGCCCAGUACCUCGGACGUGGGGGGAUGGCGCACCCACACCGCCGAUGCGAUGCCACCGGCAGACGUCGACGUCGAUGCGGAAUCCAGCGGUCCAGGGUCACAUUCAGAUGCAGAGAGCAACGAGUCUGCCUUGUCGCAUGAAGGGUCGCCGCAGUCACCUAAUCCCCCCACACCGCACGUGAGCGACAUCUCUAUGCAGUCGUUCUCCCGUUCGAACAGCGGGAGGAGACGAUCCAGAGGUGAAGGGCAUUCGAGAACCUCAUCCACUGCAUCGGCAAACUCUCUCGGAUCGGUUGCGACUCUCACCCCGGGAUCUCCUACGAUACAAACCACUGGACUGGCGCAACACCCAACAAUCGGGGUUGAGCCACCUACUCCGGGACCUCCCCCCUACGAGCAUUUGGAGAACGGGUAUAUCCGGCCACCGCCUGCGCAUCAGGACAGUCCGUAGCUUGACAGUAGGCACGGAAGUUGCCCAAGAGAACGAAGCGAUAUCACUCAUUGUCAUAUAUAGGAUCCUCAUUUUUCCAUCUUCUCAGUAUCACUCAGCCAGUCGUUGCUUCAGUCUCAUUGUGUCGUGUAUUCUCAUGAAGCAGAAAUUGCAGUCAUUAUCUGCUAGCACUUGUGCGUGGUGUGAUUGGAGGUUGUUGAGGUUGAGCCAUAGCCUGUUUAAUAUGGAAAUAUUAU